ACUGCAGCGAUGACACGCACACUAAUGGGCUUGCGUCAUCUCACGCACACCAAAGUUCUAAAUCUUUCUCCCGGAACCUUACGCAACGAGUUGGAUAGUUUGGUUACAAUCAGCGGAUCCGAUUUAUCUUGCAAAAACCCUCAAAAUGGCCGGCGGUGGUGAUGAUAGCAAACUUACCGGACUCUCCCGCUACUUCAACGGGGAGACGAUGAGAGGCCGAGCGAACGUUGCCAAGGCCACCUAUGCAUCGAUCGGUCUGCUGAUCCUGUAUUUCUCACUGAAGCCCAGCAAGAAGUAGAUACAGUCCCGAUGUCCAUUGUGUCCAUCGCGUAAUCGUUCUGUGAGGGGAGAACGCAGUGGAAAUACAUGACGCUGAGUAAAACCUAGUACAAAAUGUGUGUUUCUCAAUCGCGAGCAGUAAGAGUCUAGCGUCAAGAAUG